AUGGCUUAUUCUGCUGUCCAAAAUUCGUCUGCUGUUACUUUGGAAGAUUGUACGUGUCCAAUAUGUAUGUCGAUACUGAUCCAGCCUGUGACGAUGCCAUGCACUCAUGAACUAUGCAUGCCAUGUUUUCGAAAGACCGUCGAGGAAGCCAAUUUAUGUUGUCCGAUGUGUCGGCUUCGAAUCGCAACCUGGGCCCGAUUGUCAACAAAGCAAAAAACUUUGGUUAAUGAAAUUCGUUGGAAGCAAAUUCAGACUUUAUUCCCUGAGAAAGUAAGGAGGAGACAAGAAGGUAAAGAUGACGAUGAUGGAGACCUCAAUGAUGAAGAUGAGCCAAUACAUCAUCCUAUUGUUAAUAUUGCUGAACCUGGAGAGAUUAGAAAAGAAUAUGAAGAACAGUUGGAAAGGUUAGAGAAACAGAGAGAAGAAGAGAGAAGUAAAGAAGAGGCUGAAAGUGCUGAUCUUAUUAAAAAGUUACAACGUGAAGAAGAAGAACGAGCUAGAGAAUUAGAAAGACAAGCUGAGGAACAAAGAAUAAAAGAUGAAGAAAUAGCUAGAAAACUUGCUGAAUCAGCAGAGGUAAGUGUAUAUUUGUGA